AUUGGCAUUGCUGCACACGAAAUCGGCCAUGCCCUUGGCAUGUUUCACCAUCAAGCAAGACAUGAUCGGGACGAGCACAUAGCGAUAGAUGAAACGAAAAUUAAGGCUGGAAUGCACGAUCAGUUCAUUAAACAAACUAAUGAAACUAAUGAUAAUUAUGGUCUCCCUUAUGAGUACGGCAGCAUAAUGCACUACGGUUCAAAAAGUUUCUCGGCAGAUAAAUCGCGCUGGCACACAAUGAUGCCUAUACCUGACCUAAAGUUUGUUAACACUAUGGGUUCUCACUUUGUUUCUUUUUACGACAAGCUCAUGAUGAACACUCACUACAGCUGUCUAGAUAAAUGCAAGAAAAACCCCUCAGCGGCCAAAUGCGCACUGGGAGGUUUUCCAAAUCCCAAGGACUGCACAAAAUGUGUUUGCCCAGGAGGAUAUGGCGGACGAUUAUGCAACGAACGGCCAAGCGGCUGCGGAGACGUGUUGCAGGCCUCUACAAGUUACCUAAAAUUCGAAGACAACAUAGGUCAAUCAUGGAUAAAAAAAUCAAGUGAAAAUGAUUAUUUUCUCAAGUGCCAUUAUUGGAUAGAGGCUCCAUUGGGAAGAACUAUUGAGAUAAAAUUUCAUAAUUUUACGGAUCGUGUCGCUACGGAUGGAUGUUAUUUUGCUGGUGUUGAGAUUAAAACACAGAAGGACCAGCGAAGCACCGGAUAUAGGGUGUGCUCUGGUAAUUAUACGGGAGAGUUGUUUAAAUCUGAACGCAAUAUUGUGCCUAUCAUUACCUACAGCAGAAUUUGGGUAGUCAAGACGGAGUUAUGGUACCGAAUGGUCUGA